AUGUUAAUACCCUCCUCUUCUUCCUCACCAACCAAAUCAGCUGUGAGUACCAGCAACAGUAGUAUUAGACAAUGCAAAUCAAGUAUGGGUAAAUCAACACGUUUCGUGGGUGAGGACAUUCCAAGAACAUUUGAAGAUUUCCUUAAUCAACGUGAUGACUCUGAUGAUGACGAUGAAAAUAAUAAUACUAUUAAAUCUUCAUCUUUAAAAAGAAGAGAAAAAACCUCAAAAACUAAUAUAUUGAAUCAAGAUGUUGAUUCAAAAUUACCUCAAUUAAGUAAUAGUGCUCACCUAGGUUCAUCAUCAACCUCUCCGAAUAAUAAUUCAGCCACAUCAUCAAAUGUAAAUAUUAAAUUUUGGGAUCGUAAAACUAAAAGUUUUGCCAAUAUGGAAAAUGCAGCAACAAAUUCAUUACAUAUACCAGAGAGAACAGCCAAUACUCCUACUACUAAUAAUACUACUAACCUUAAUAACAUAACAAGUAAUUUAAAAGGAUCUAAAGUAUUAGAAAUUAAACAUUCACUUGAAUUGUUAAUUCAUGAUUUGGAUGAAGUUUCAUAUUUUGAAUCACAAAAGGAAAGAGAAAAUGUUCUUUUAAAGGCUAAAAUAUCAGAAUUGGAAAAAUUACAACAUUCAACGUUGGUGAGUAGAAUUUCACUCACUAGAGAUGAAAUUAGAAAAUUAAAUUUAUCAGAUUUACAAAUAUUAAAAUUAAAUACAGAGAAUACACUAGCCUUAAUAGAAGAAAUUAUCAAUGAAAAGAAUUAUUUGUAA